AACUUGGCGUGCGUCGAUGCUGUAUAUGAGCUCAGGCGAAGGAACUGAGUGAGGCAGUUUUAUAGUUGCGCGCCUCAGACAUGGACGGGACAGAGAGGAGUCGGAAGAGCUGCGCUGAGACGGAUCAGGCGCAACAGCCCAUGAUGGAACUCAAUGGAAAGGAUAAGAGUGACUCGCCGUCAGAUAGAGUCACGCUUAAAAAAGAAAUCGGACUCCUCAGCGCAUGUGCCAUUAUUAUUGGUAACAUCAUUGGUUCGGGGAUAUUCAUCUCUCCUAAGGGUGUUUUGGAGCACGCUGGUUCGGUGGGUCUGUCCCUCAUCGUAUGGGUGUGCGGAGGGGGUAUCUGCGCCCUGGGGUCCAUGUGUUACGCUGAGCUGGGCGUCACCAUUCCCAAGUCAGGGGGAGACUACUCCUACGUCACAGAGAUAUUCGGAGGACUGGUGGGGUUCCUGCUCCUAUGGAGCGCGGUUCUCAUCAUGUACCCCACCACCCUGGCUGUCAUAGCUCUCACCUUCUCCAACUAUGUCCUGCAGCCUGCCUUCCAGAACUGUGUCCCUCCAUACUUGGCCACCAGGCUUCUCUCCACCAUCUGCAUAU